UUUGACUGGCUUGUAGACUACCUUGACUACAUCUAUUUUGACGAUGAAGCGGUAUAUGACAUUCUCUUACUGCUGAGUAGCAUGGGAAUGUGCUGCAGUCCCGCUAAACAACAUCUGUUCAUCGAGAGGCUAAUCGCCUACAUGGAUAGCAACAGUGCCCGAGAACAAAUUGCCUUGAUUGAUGUCAUUGAUGAUUCGACGCUACGGGACAUAGUUUUUACCAAGCUUUCCCCCGCUAUCCUGUCUGUGGUUUGUCCACACCCAGGUACAACACCCGCCAAUGUUCCUGACCGCCUUGUCGAUUAUCACCGCGACUUGUGAUAUGUCGAACUGGUCUGUGCCCUUGCGAGGAAUUCCAACUGGCACUCCCAUUUGUCUAGUGAUCGUCAUAUCGAUCGGUGCAUCAGUAUGAUUCCAAAGUACUGCAAUUCCGAAUCACCCACGCAGCAUGCCUUUUACAUAGCCGGUAUCUUCCUCCAAAUCACACCUAAUCAAACACCAGUCACAUCGCUCGAUUCUGUUACGGAGCAGCAAUGGUGGGACGUGAUGAGAAGCGCGUGGAACAAACCUCCCUAUGACAUUGACGAUGCACGCCAUUUCAAUCCCCUCCCUGUUCUUGUGGGUGGCACAAAAAAGUAUAUGCACAUUGCUUCGAAAUCUGAUCUCAAGUUGCUCAUCGGAAGUGUGGAUGAGUUUCUUGAAAGUCUGGAGCCGAAGAUGCAACUGCAGAAGAUGGGCCUGGCGUUGAGAUUGGAGGUGGGACCGGAGAUGGGAGGUUUAGAGCAGGGAGAGGGAAUCAUCAUUGCUGUGAAGGAGUUGAGGACUGUAGCCAGCAACAUGCUGGAGAGCUUUGGUCAAUAAGGAAGUCACGGGGCAGUGUGUGCACGGAAGUGGGA